AAUUGUUUUUUAUUUGAAAUUGACUUUAAUUUGACGGAAUAAUCAUUGACAGUUGGAAACACCGACUUUGCCGAAAAUUACAAAAAUUUUGAUAAUAACCCUUGUAAACUUUGUAUUUUUACAAGAUAUUUGAGGGCAAAAGUGAUUUAAAUAGUGUUGAAAUAAAUUGAGAUUCUAAUGAGAGUGGUUUUGUAUGGUAUGUUUCGCGUACCGGUUAGAAGUAGAUUUAGCUUGCAGCGACUCUGGGUUCGACUCCAGCACUCAAGCAGUUCCAUAAGGAGUACAUUUAUAGAGUAUUUUGAAGCAAAUCAUGGGCACAAAUAUGUCAAAUCGAGCUCUGUGGUGCCGCUGUACGAUCCGACUGUCCCGUUUGUUAAUGCUGGUAUGAAUCAGUUCAAAGGUGUGUUUCUUGGUAAAGUGGCUCCCCCUUGUGCUAAAGCUGUGAACUCUCAAAAAUGUGUGAGGGUAGGCGGGAAGCAUAAUGACCUAGAUGUAGUUGGUACUGAUGGACACCAUCAUACCUUCUUUGAAAUGCUUGGCAAUUGGUCGUUUGGAGAUUUUUAUAAGAAAGAAGCUUGCCAGAUGGCCUGGCAACUUCUGUUAGGUCCAUACAGAAUGAAACCAGAAAACCUGGUGGUCACAUACUUCUCAGGAGAUGUGGCUAUAGGACAGAAGAUGGACACAGAUUGUAGAGAUAUCUGGAAGAAAAUUGGUGUGGCCGAUAGCAGACUGUUGCCAAGAGGAUCGACGGACAACUUCUGGGAGAUGGGUGCAACUGGUCCGUGUGGACCCUGCACUGAGAUCCACUACGUCAAUCCAGACGGGUCACUCACUGAAAUAUGGAACCUUGUGUUUAUCAAUUCUUUUAGAGAUAAUCAAGGCAAAGUGAAUGGCUUGGCGAAGUACCAUGUGGAUACAGGCAUGGGUCUGGAGCGUAUGGCCGCCAUCUUGCAAGGAGUACCCUCUAACUACGAUACCGACUUGUUUCAGCCCCUCAUUAAAGCUAUUGAGAAGAACAGCAAAGGAGUGCCUCCAUACAGUGGUAGCUACUUACCUAGCGCUGUAGUGGAUGCGGCGUACCGUAGACUGGCAGACCACGCCAGGAUGAUCAGCAUCUGUCUUGCUGAUGGAGUCUUUCCAGCUACUAGCUUAAACUUAAAACAAAUAAUUAGGAAUUCAUUCAAAAUUUCGUCCGAUGUGUUCCAAAACCCUAAACUGCCGAGAAUCCUAUAUGACGAGGUCGUAGAGACCCUGGAUACCACAUACCCUGAGCUGGUGACCAAGGAGACCGAUGCUAAACUGAUCAUAGACCAUGAGGAGCAAGGGUAUGCAAAGAUGAGGUCAGGACUUAAGAAGGAGAUGAAGGAUCUGAUCAAACAGUACCCUGAGGUGAUGACCUUGAGUGACGUGGAACUGCCAGGGUUCGUGCAAGGAUAUAGGGACCUUAAAGAGACAAUGUCCAAACAAAAAUCGACCGUAAUACCAGGGGAAUUAGUUUUCAAACUAUACGAUACGCACGGCUUACAUGAAGAGGUGAUCAAGCAGAUAGCCGACUUGAACAAACUGAGUUUAGACAACAAAGGAUUCUGGUCCCUACUAGCCAAACAUAAGACGAGACACAAGACUGCCAUCAAGGAACUAGAUAACAGGGGCCAAUUUUUCAACGAAGCUUUAAAAACCCUUCGAACCAACGGCUACACAAACACAAACGACCAGCCAAAAUACGACUACAUACAAACAGAAGAAAAAAUUGAGUUCAAACCGAUAAAAACUCAAAUAAUAGCCAUUUUGAACGAAUCCUUCGAUUGGAUUGACUUACUAGAGCCUUGUAGUGACCGACCCUUUUACGUAGUGACGAAAGACACCAACUUUUACUGUGAAGAGGGGGGCCAGGAAGCGGAUAGGGGCGCCAUCUACUUCAACAAGAAUAUUGCUAUGGAGGUCGAAAGCGUUUUCAAGUUACAAGACUUUGUCUUCCAUAAGGGUUAUUUCUUAAUAAAAAAUGAGAGGACAACGAACUGUGUGUAUUGUGAUAUGAAUGUGGAAAUGGAGAUUGAUGAGGAACGGCGUCUGAAGCUGAUGCAGAACCACACGGGGGUGCACUUGCUGAACGCUGCGGUGCGAAGGGUGCUGUCCAAGAGUGCCGUGUGUCCCACCGGGUCUAGUGUCACUGAGAACGGAUUGUCGCUACAUUUGUCGGUCUAUGGGGAGAAGUUGUCGCAAAAAGUUAUGUUGGAUGUACAGGAUCUUAUUAGGGAAUCAAUAAAAUGCAACGCACCAAUAGAGACGCGCAUCGUGGACAGUGUCCAACUAUCCCGUGAGCCCGGGGUGGUGACAAUCCCGGGGGAGACAUAUCCCGAGGUCGGACUCCGACUCGUCACUGCUUUCCUACCUCUAGUAUCCAAGGAGUUAUGUUGCGGCACGCACCUGCCGUCGACGGGCGCGAUGGGGGAGUUCUGUGUGACCAGCGUCAAGGGCGCCGGGGGGCAGACUCCCUGCAUACAUGCACUCACUGGGGAUAAGGCUACACAGGCGCGCGAACUAUUCUGUCGAACUGAGAAACUAGGACAAGUGAUCGAUUUGAUAGACCCUGACAGGAAGAAGGAGGAGAUCUCCCUCAUAUUGAACCAACUGUCAACACUAUGCGGCACCAGUGGCGCCCCCUACGGGGAGUAUGCCAACUGCCUCGACUUACUUGACAGCUUAUCCAAAAAGGAGGUGCAUAAAAAUGAUCUGGCGCUGCACUCAAUAGCAUCAACAGAAGUGGCGGAGGUAGUGUCCCAGGCAGCCAGCGAGGGUCGUAGGUUCGUGGUGCACUUCGUGCGCUGCUCGUACCUGAUGCAGAGCCCGGCGGCGCAGGCCGUGCUGGCGGAGCGCCGCGCGCUGCCCGCCAUGUUGCUGGGCUGCGCCGGCGGGGUACUCGUCGCGGCCUGCUCCGUGCCACAGGAGAUGGUGAGCCAGUCGUUCACGGCGCGGACGUGGCUGGCGUGCGCGGCGCGAGUGUUCGGCGCCACGCUGCAGGGCUCCGACAACGACCACACACACGCCAUCAUGACGCCUUCCAAGGUGAGCCUGAUCAACUGCGACCAACUAGUCCAGGACGCGAUGCGGGUCGCGAUCAAAUUCGCGCAGUCCCACACUAAAGAGAACACAGAACAAUCUAGAAGCAUACAGAACAGACAACAGAAUUGAAAUACGUAAUUACAGACUGACGGUCUUAUUCAUAAUACUUAUAUAAACCUAUUUCAACUAAAGAAUAUUUGGCCCCUUUUUAUAUUAUCACGGAAAUACUAUGUAAAUUAAUUUUAGUAUUCGACUAGUUUCGAACUACGACCGGGGCUCAUAAACAUCGCGGCGAACGAUUUCGGGCAGCGAACUCUCUUGUUUCAUAGCUCAAAGUUAAUGUUCUACAGUUAUUCUCAAUUCUCAAUUCUUUAUUGCUUGCCAUAAUGUAUUACAGGUUGUUGGUAUAUGUAUUAGUCACAAUUAUGGACCCUGUCGGGCACAGCAAAAUAAUAAAAUACCUAGUAGAAAAGAGAUUUAUUACAUAAUAGCUGUUGCCCGCGAUUUCGUCCGCUUACGAUAAUGAAUUCUGACAGAAUUUUUAAUUAGUCUUUUUCUGCGGGUGUAACCAAUGUCAUCAAAAUUGAUUCAGUACCUAAGUUAUGUUUAUUGGCAAAUGAAUUUAUGUUCAUGGUUUCGUAAAAUAGACAAUCCCACAGGUUAUACCUGCCCUGUGAGGCUAUAUAGUGCCUUGCCCGUGAGGUUUCAGUGAUAAAAACUAUUCUACGUCCUUUCCUGGGUCGCAAAUCAUUGCUGCACCGAAUGUCAAUCAAAUAGGUACAAUGUUUUAAAAUAUAGAGUUCUGGAACUUAACGUUCCCAUUCCCGUGGGAUUUUCAGGAUAAAAAUCAUAGUUCCUUUCCCGGGUCUCAAAUAAUUUCAGUGGUUUAUGAGAUAAGAGUCCCGGGAUUUUGACACAUAAUUCCCGUUCCCGUGGGAUUUCUAAGAAAAAACUAUCAAACGUUGUUUCCCAGAUCUCAAACUAACUUUGUACUGAAGAUUACUCAAAUAAGUUCAGUGGUUCAAAAGAUAGAAACCCCGUUCCCGUGAGAUUUCCGGGAUAGAAAGUUUCAUACGUCCUUUCUUCGUCCCGGGAUUUAACACAUAGUUCCCGUUCUUGUGUGAUUUCCGGGAUAUUUCUCUGAUACUAAUAAGGUGGCGUGACGUUACUAUCGCAUAUUAUUUUAGAUGAAAAUGUAGUUAUUGUGACAUAACUGUAAUAGUUAGACAUAAAUUAUGAUAUCGCGGACUUUACGUUAAUAUUACGUUGAUAUUAAUGUCAUUUGGCUCUGUGGUCCAUCAUUUCUACAGCGUAAGCAAUACAACGCGUUUGUUGGUCGUCACUCGUAUUUUGUGCCCAGUAAUGUAAAUCUUACAAAAAAUCUACUUCUAAUAAUUUCAAAAUUCUAAUACUUGAAAUGUAUUCUGAAUUAUAGUCGUCAUUCGAUGAGGUGAAUUCGGAAAGAACUGUGAUUUCGGUGUGUAACUAUGUAGUGGUUUCUAAUUAAUAUUGUUUCUUUUAUAUUAAACAUUAUAUUUUCUUUGGAGGUCUCUCCUUCUCGGGAUUGACCAUUAUUUUAUCAAGCUUACAUUAGAUGGGGUUUGUUAUUUGUCCUUUUGGAAACUCUAAAUUGUCUAGUUGAGCCAGAAAUUAGGGAGUUUAUUAUAUCAGUAAACUAUCUCCUGCGUUAGCGAUUUAGGCGCGAAGACGAUGCGAUGCGACGACGUGGCGCGAACGCGACUAAUUGGCUUGAUAUUAUGACGCGAACUGCAUGCGGUGCCGUCACGUUUUUGUUUAUAAUGUUAGAAACAGAAAUAAAACGAAACGAUUCACACGCAGGACAUAGCCGAGCCACACCGCAUCGGAAUGAAUUCGCGUGUCCCCGCACCGCUUCGCGUUCGCUUCUAGAUUCUAUGCAGGACGUCACGUUAGACAAAUAGAUACUUAUACAACUCUCUCUAAUUGUCAUCCCCUAGUACUAUGAUGGCUACCUAUUUAUUUUUACCUAUAUAAGUGUGAUUGCCUUAUAAACAUGUAAUGUAUUGUAUUGGUUUGAAUGAAAUUCUCAAUGUAAGUCUUCCUGUAAAUAAAUAGUUCUACCUCUAAUCUCUAUUUUUGUAAAUACAUUAUAUUUUAACUUAUUA